CUAACGGCAAAGAUGGAACUGCCACCAUGCAUCGCCAGGAAUCAUGACCUUCAUUCGUCGAAGCGGCCGUUGAUGGAUUACCGAGCAGGUCAAGCACAGAAGUAUUUUGCACCUGAAGCAAAGCAAGACGAAGAUCGGACACCGCCCGGUCCAUUCACGAUGGGCAGCAAAUUCGCGAUUUAACACGUGCGCAGACAUGUUCAACGCGGCACUUGCGCAGGCACCUACGACGAUGACGUGGAAGUUCACACUCCAGUGGUGCAAUACAUGUAGUGAUACACUACAACCGUGAAUCCAGGCCACGCGGAUCAAUUCAACAAGCUUGCUCGCUUAACUACGGCGGUCCUUCCUAGCGGAAAGCAUAUUUAUUUGCUAUUACAUGUUGGGAGAGAAUACUGCUGGCCGAUAGUCCAGCAAUGCUACGCUGCGGCCGCAGCAGAUACUAACACCGGAACGACUACUCUGUCUCGAACCGAGCUGCUUACAGCACGUUCACGCAGUUCAGGUCGCGGAAGGCCUCAUGCAGACGAGCGAUCAUAGCCUCCUCCGACUUGCGCACCCACACACGCGGGUCGUAGUACUUCUUGUUGGGAGCGUCCGCGCCAUCGGGGUUGCCGAUCUGGCCCUGCAGGUAGUCCUUCUUCUCCUCGUAGAAGUUGCGCAGGCCGUUCCAGUACGCCCACUGCGUGUCCGUGUCGAUGUUCAUCUUGACAACACCGUUGCCCACGGCCGUCUGGAUCUCCUGAGGCGUCGAGCCAGAGCCACCGUGGAACACAAAGAACACGGGC